GUAAAAUAUUUGUUUAGCUAAAACCAUCACUAUUGCAAAAUUAUACAUUAUUAAAAUAUAAAUAUUAAAUAUUUUUAUUGCAUCUUCAACAAAUUCGAUAAUACAUAUAAGCUACUCGUUUAAAUAUAGCAAAUUAUAAUUACGCAUAAAGCGCUCGUCGUAUCUGCUUUUCUUAAAAAAAUACAAAUCUUAUCUUGUUCUUCACGAAAUCGUAUUUCACGUAUGCGAUUUCUACAUGAAACGUUCCAGUCAAAAUUAAAUUAUGAUCAGCUUUCAUUUUAACGAGCACGGUUAAAGACAAUUCGUACAAUAUUAGAUAAAAAUCACGUGACAGUUGAUAUAAAAUACAUUUGAAAAAAAACUGACAAACUGCGAUCAGUUGUGUGUAUGGUAAGGGCCAAUAAGGAUAAAAAAUUUGUAUCGGAGUAAUUAAAAAUGUCAUUUAUCAACAUAGUUAUAAAUGCAAUAGUAGUGUGAACGCAUGAUACGGAAGAGUAGGGGAUAUAUUCUUAUCAAAUUGGCCUUAAUUACUUCUUCCAAUACCAUACAGUAUUACUUAGCUGUUACUAGGAUAUAAAUACGAAGCACAGUAUCGUACAAUAAAGACAAAUGUUUAUACAUAUAAAAAAAUAAGAGCAAAUAUAUUUAUAUGAAAAAAUUAAGGAGAAUACGGAAGGAUAUGCAUGGUACUAUUUACGAAUCUGAAACUUCGUGGGAGAGAGUCGAUUACGAAGAAGAAGAUAUAUACAUUUGUGACGUAUUAUCAUGAGCAGGUCAGCUGUAGUGCCUGUACUUUGUGCUGUGAACUUAGAUAACCUGCCGCAUGGAGGUUUAAAGACCUCCCACUACUUUCUUCAACUAUAGUAGGAGUUUAUAUAACAUUAAAAUCUCCCGCUAGAGUAUUCACAGUGAAUCGGAGAGUGCAUCAGUGAAUUUUAGCUCCGAUUCGUAGUUGCGUGCAAUUUAUUCUCAAGUGUAGUAACGUUACAAGAACCAGCGAUUCUAUCUUGGACGGAAUUUACGCAUCGAUAGAGAGGAAGAGGUCGCCCUAGUCACCGUAUACCGUUCGCUGCGGAUAAUUUGAAUACUUUCCAAACUGUCAGCACACGGAGGAAUGCAAAAGGACUGCCGAGACUGUUUAGGUAUCCGAUACCGUAUUAACUCCCUGGAUCAAACGUGGAAGUGGUUGCAUCAAACAAUUGCCCUUCACGAUUACCUAAUUUCUAUAACAGCCAUUCAAUCUAACUUUUCGAGAUUUUGUCAGUAAGGGUGCUAUCUACGG